GAGUACAGGACAUUAUCUGUGCAGAUGCUCUUGCUGCUCCUGUUCGUGGCAUUUCAACAAUGUGCAAGGUUCCUUGUCAAAUCUGUUCUUCCAGACCAGCCAGCCUUGAUAGUGGCAGAACAUCCACUAGCAAUAGCAAUAACAAUGCUUCACUUCAUGAAGUCAAAGGUGCAGUUAACAGUCAAAGCAGGCCACAGAGUCACAGCAGUGGAGAAUUUAGUCUGCUACACGAACAUGAGGCUUGGUCUAGCAGCAGCAGCAGCCCCAUUCAGUAUUUGAAAGGUCACACGAGGUCUAGUCCUGUGCUCCGGCAGCGAACGCCUGAAACACUGGAUAGUCGCGGAAAACACCUCAAAACCGGUUCUCCUGGCAGUGAAGUUGUUACCCUGCAACAGUUUUUAGAAGAAAGCAACAAGAGUACCUCAAGUGAGAUGAAAUCUACAAGUGAAGAGAAUCUUUUAGAUGAAGUCAUGAAAAGCUUAUCUGAGUCUGCAGAGCUGACAGGAAAGGAGAAGCUAAGAAAACAGCCGUCCACCAGUUGUGGUAUUGUGAGAUCAUUAAGCGUAAAAAAUACAAUUGAAUUCUCAGAUGGACGAUCCUUUAAACCAGAGCAACUUGUAAGGCCCAGCUUUCGUAAAACUGAAGAUACCUUCUUUACAAGCUCUCCGAUAAAAUUUACAUCAGGCACUCAAGGAAAGGCCAAAUCCGUUAAAGACAAGAUACAAGUGACUGUAUCACAGCGACAAUCAAGAGAUUGCAAUCCUUAUGCUACCUUACCUCGUGCAAGCAGCGUGAUUUCUACGGCAGAAGGAACCACUCGAAGGACAAGCAUUCACGAUUUUUUGUCUAAGGACAGUAGGCAACCUGUAUCGGUUGAUCCAGCACCAUCCACCGCUGACAGAAGCGUUCCAUCAACCUCUAAUGUGGAAGCUAUCCCAGAAAGCAGAAAUUCAAAAAGCAGGUCUAGGGAGCAACAAAGCUCCUAAUUCUAUUACCCACUACAUGAGAUGUGGGCCAAGUGAGAGAAAAGUGUCCUUCAGUAUCUCAGUGUGAAGCCUUUAUAUCUGAAGUAACAAGACAGCGACUGUAGGAAUCAUUAAUAAAAAUUAAGGGAAUUUUUUUACGUUCUUCGUGACUAGAGCAGGCGAGAAAUAAAAACCUACCUACCUUCCUUCCUUCCUUGAAUCAAGGAGCUCUACCGGAGUCUACUGCCGAAAAUUUGUAGAUGGUCUUAGGAAUUAUUGCACAUUGCACUGUUAAGAUCUACUGAAUAAAGGACAGUUCUCAUCUCCCUAAGGACCAAGGUCUCAAGAAUUACUCCAGGAAAAAAAAAAC